AAUCCAUAAGAACUAUGUCAGGCAUGCUUAUUAAGUUAAAGGCAGAAAAUGGUAAAAUUUCGUUUGUUGUUCAUUUUUUAAUUUGUUUUUCAUGGUUUUUUCAGGAAUAAAACUGAGGAAGACAUGAAAAAGGUAUUUGUGAUAGUAAGUCUAUAUUUGCUUGGAGACAAGUUGUUAAAGUGAUAUAAUUAAUCCACUUCCUAGUCAUUGCUUAAGUAGUUUAGAAAUCAAAUUUUAAGGGAAGAGAGAUGACUCUGUUUCGUGGCUCUUAAUGCAUUUCUCACAGCAAAUGAGGAUGUGGAAGGGGACAGGGUGUAACCCACUUCUGAAGCAAGGUUUUAGAUGAAAGAGCUGCCUCCUUUCUCCAUCACUCCUUUCAGCAGUUUUCUGAGGUUUCCAGGCACUCCUAAAAGACUCAAGUCCUUCUAAAGGGCUUUGCAGAAUUAAUCCUCACAAACCCCUGUCACCUUUAUCAAUAUUCUUUUUUUCACCUUUGCACGUUCUAGUUGGAGACCUCCCCAGACUCCCUAUGGGACCCCUAAUUCAGAACUUCAGUGUAGUCCUACAUGUAUAAUCAAUCUCUCUUCAUUCUCUUUCCAUGAGCCUCAAUCCCUGUCCUCUGUGGCCUGCUUUCUGCAGGGAUGACAAUGGAAAGCAGCUUUUCUGCCCUUCUCCUCCAAAAGAGUUCCACAAAGACUACAAAAUCAAGUCAUUCAAGCAAGAAGAACUCAAAAUCUGUAAAAGAGUGGGACUUGGUGCCACCUGAGAUCUGCAGGGGGCAAGAAGGUGAGGAGGUUUGGAAGGAACACAGAAUAUAUUCCCUGGUCCAAUUUGCCAACAAUGCACUACCCCAGAGAGAAAAAAGAGAAGAGAAGAGAAGAGAAGAGAAGAGAAGAGAAGAGAAGAGAAGAGAAGAGAAGAGAAGAGAAGAGAAGAGAAGAGAAGAGAAGAGAAGAGAAGAGAAGAGAAGAGUAUAUGUGGAAUAUUUAUUUGUUCUGUUGUCACAACUUUUGUGGUUACUUAUUCUGUAGCUUGGGAAAAUGAAGAAAAAUGUUUUAUCAUAGGCAGCUUUUACAGCAUCUUUUAAACCACCUGGUGAUCUGAAGACUCUUUAAUCCAAAUAAACUAUAAGUGUGGAUUUUGCAACUGUGGGACAUGUUUGUACUAUGUAUUUGUAGGGAAUUAAUGUCUCCUUUCUAUACAACCUCUGUAGAGAGGUGAAAUCUAAUUAUCUCAGUUGCUUUCAAUGGCUCUGUCUCCCUUAACCUCACAAAGCUUCUCUCUACAUCUUGUACAAAUAAUAUAAAUAUCUUUUGUCACAUUUGCUGGGGAACAGAAGUACCUAUUUCUCAGUAGAAACCAGCCAUUUUGUAGCCUCUGUCAGAUUUUGUCCAAGCUCUUUACAACAUACAGACAUACACAAACACAAAAUUUUAACAUUGAAUUCUGUGUUAAGGUGUUUUUUGCUUUUUUAUCUGUCUCAUUCUUAGCAUUAAAGUCCUGGGUAACACAAAUAUUUGCAGAUUUAUUGCAAGUGGUAAAGAAGAGUUGUGCACAAGCCCUUUAUGUUUUCUCUGGCUUUUUAACUGCCUUUCUUUAGUUUGCUUUCCCUGUGCUCUUUAUUAACACUGACAAUAAAAGGAGGCAGAAUCUUGUAAUCAGUUUUUGCAAUCCAACACAGUUAAAAAAUGGGAUUUGUUGCAUACCUGUUGUAGGUUGGGACUUCAAAAAAGCAAACAAUUCUAAGUUCUUCUUCACUGCACUUUAACAGGGUGAGAUUUUCUUUAAUUAGUCAGAAGUCAACAUGGAUGGAAAAAUAUUGUUUGAUGUAUACAGACUUAAUAGAUGAAGUGUGCUCAGUGUGUCACUAAAUGGUUUUUAUCUGAGUCCAAGAAUUUUUCACCUUUAUUGCUUAAACCUUAUCAGCUCCAGAGGUGAGCACUGAGGAAAUGUGAUACAGUGAAUGAACCAGGGUGAGAUACAGGCAAACUUGCAAUUUUUAUAAUUUUGUUGGCUGCUAAAACUUGGAAGGUGGACCUUGAGUUUUCCUCCCUCAGAUAAUA